UUCCGAUUUUUUGUAACUUAAAAGAAGAAUAUCAUAAUUAACACUUCAUCGAGCAUGGAAACCCCUCAAUAUAAUUAUAAAAAGUUACCCGAUGAAAUUGUGAUCUCUGGUUUCUCCGGACGGUUACCAGAGAGUUCAAAUAUCCAAGAAUUCAAAGAGAAUUUAUUCAAUGGAGUUGACAUGGUAAAUGAUGAUCCUCGACGUUGGCCAAAUGGUUUGUACGAUUUACCAACACGAAUUGGUAAAAUGAAGGAUGAAGAUAUGGAAAAUUUCGAUCAACAAUAUUUCGGUGUACAUCAAAAACAAGCCGAAUGCAUGGACCCACAAUUAAGAAUGUUGCUCGAAGCAACACACGAAGCAAUCAUCGAUGCCGGUUUCAAUCCGCAAGAAUUGCGUGGCAGCGAUACUGGUGUAUAUAUUGGUGUAUCAAAUUCGGAAACUGAAAGGUAUUGGCUUGCAAAUCCAGACCGUGUCAAUGGUUAUGGUGUAACUGGUUGUGCUCGAGCUAUGUUUGCCAAUCGUUUAUCAUUCACGUUUGAUUUCAAAGGACCAAGUUUUGCGAUUGAUACAGCUUGUUCAAGUUCAUUGUAUGCAUUGUCACAGGCUUUUUCCGAUUUGAAAGCAGGCCAUUGUGAUUCGGCUAUUGUGGCCGGAGCUGCUCUUAUUCUUGAACCCACUAUGUCAUUGCAGUUCAAUCGGUUGGGCAUGUUGGGCGCUGUCGGAAAAUGUAAAUCAUUCGACGAAAGUGGCGAUGGUUAUGUACGGUCUGAAGGUUGUGUGGUUGUCUUUUUGCAAAAGGAAAGCCAAGCUCGUCGUAUUUAUGCAUCGAUUUUGAAUGUUCGCACAAAUACAGAUGGUUUCAAAGAGGAGGGCAUCACAUUUCCCAUUGGUAACAUGCAAACUAAAUUGAUGCGUGAAACCUACAAUGAAAUUGGAUUGCAUCCGAAUGAUGUUGUGUAUGUUGAAGCCCAUGGCACUGGUACAAAAGUCGGUGACACACAAGAAGUGAAUUCAAUCACUGACUUCUUCUGCAAAAAUCGUAAAACACCAUUGCUCAUUGGCGCUGUAAAAUCAAAUAUGGGACAUGCUGAACCAGUUUCUGGUGUUUGCUCGAUCGCUAAAGCUCUUUUGGCAAUGGAAACCGGUAUUAUUCCGGGGAAUUUGCACUAUAAAUCACCAAAUCCCAAUUUACAAGGUAUUAUUGAUGGCCGCCUUAAAGUUGUCGACCGAAACACUCCAUGGAACGGUGGUAUCAUUGGUUUGAAUUCAUUCGGUUUCGGCGGCGCAAAUGCCCAUGUCAUCUUGAAAUCCAAUCAAAAACGAAAAUCAACAAAUCCAAGCGACACUAUUCCACGGCUGGCUAUACUUUCCGGUCGAACCAGCAAUGCUGUCGACUUGCUUUUGAAUGAAAUUGACAAAAACAAAACUGACGAUGAAUUCAUAGGAUUGGUCAAUAAAAUCCACUCAAAGAACAUUCCAUUGCAUUACUCACGUGGUUAUGCUGUAGUCGGUGGUGACGUGACAACCGUUCGCGAAGUCAACGAAUUGGUCGAUGACAAACGCCCGGUCUGGUAUAUUUACUCUGGUAUUGGAUCACAAUGGGCUAGCAUGGCUAAAGAUUUGAUGCAUUUGGAAGUGUUCCGCAGUAGCAUUAAUCGCUGUGCUGAUGCUUUGCGUCCAGAGGGCUUUGAUUUGUUUAAAGUUCUCAUGAAAAGUGAUGAAUCGGCAUUCGAUGACAUUUUGAAUUCAGUCGUUUCGAUCGCUGCCGUUCAAGUUGCUCUCACCGAUAUUUUAACCCACUUGGAAAUUACACCGAAUGGAAUCAUCGGACAUUCGACCGGUGAAUUGGGUUGUGCUUAUGCGGACGGUUGCUUUACACUAGAACAAACCGUUUUGGCUGCAUAUUGGAGAGGACGUAGCAUAUUGGAAGCAAACUUGAAUAAGGGUAUGAUGGCUGCUAUCGGCUUAACAUGGGAAGGCACAAAGGCUCGUGUUCCAGUCGAUAUCGUUGCCGCAUGUCAUAACAGCAAUGACAGUGUCACCAUUUCGGGACCACCAGAUUCAAUUAUAAAAUUUGUUGAAGAACUCAAAAAAAGUGGUGUAUUUGCAAAGGAGGUCAACUCAUCGGGAUAUGCCUUCCACAGCAAAUACAUUGCUGAUGCUGGACCAAAAUUGCUUAAAUCGUUAGAACGUAUCAUUUCAAAUCCGAGAACUCGCACAUCACGUUGGAUCAGUACAAGCAUCCCAGAGGACAAGUGGAAUACACCAAUUGCUCAACAAAGCUCAUCGACGUACCACGUAAACAAUAUGUUGUCACCAGUCUUGUUCCACGAAGGCGUUCAACAUAUUCCAAAAAAUGCUAUUUGCAUCGAAAUAGCCCCAACUGGUUUAUUGCAAGCAAUUUUGAAGAGAUCAUUGGACAGCAAAGCCGUGAAAUUGAGCUUGAUCAAACGUGGACAUGAAAAUAAUCUUGCUUUCUUCUUGCAAAAUAUUGGAAAAUUAUAUACCACUGGUGCUCAACCACAGGUCUCGAAAUUGUAUGCGCCUCUUUCAUAUCCAGUUGGUCGUGGAACACCUAUGUUGAACUCAAAAAUUGGAUGGGAUCACUCACAACGUUUUAUGGUUCCAAAAUUCGGAACGGAUUCAACUCUCGGUGAAACGAUUGUUGAGGUAAACCUUACCAAAGACGAAGACACAUAUUUGGCUGGUCACGCAAUAGAUGGUCGUAUUUUGUUCCCAGCUACUGGUUAUAUGACUUUGGCAUGGCGUACAUUCCCCAAAAUAAAGAACAGCAUGUUCGAACAGACAUCAGUUGUUUUCGAAGAUGUUGUUUUCCAUCGUGCUACCAUUUUGCCAAAGGACGGCUCCAUCAAACUCGCCAUCAAAUUCUUCGAUGGAACCAAUCGCUUUGAAAUCUGUGAAGGGGGUUCAUUGGCUGUAUCUGGUAAAAUCUGUGUACCCGAAGAUGAAUUCGAGGAAUUGCCAUUGGAGCCACUUGAACAAGACAAAUCGGGUCUGAAAUUGAAACUAAACGAUGUCUACAAGGAGUUGCGUCUUCGUGGUUACGACUAUAGUGGUAAAUUCCGCGGUAUUAGCGAGUCCGAUUCGAAAUUCAUUGCUGGUAAAUUGCAAUGGCAAAACAAUUGGGUCACUUUCAUCGAUACUAUGUUGCAAUUUUGUAUUAUGGGCAAAAAUGACCGUGAAAUUUACUUGCCAACACGUAUAGAACGUGCUGUUUUUAAUCCAAGCAUACACUUGGAAAUGGUCGAACAUUUCAAACAAAACAAAGUUGAUGUUCCAGUUUACAUGUACAAAGAUCUCAAUGUCGUUAAAUCGGGUGGCGUUGAAUUGCGCGGAUUGAAGGCUUCAUUGGCACCUCGACGUCCAGGCACACAAUCACCAAUUUUGGAACAUUAUCGAUAUAUUCCACUCGACAACACAAAUCAAGAUUUGGCAAAUAAUGAUGAACGGGCACGUUUACAUGCCAUUUCGGUUGCAACUCAUUUAGUUGUUGAAAACAGUGGCGGUGCAUUGAAAAUUAAAUGGGCUGAUGUAAUUGAAAAUAAAAUUGCCGAAAAUGGACUUGCUCGGACCAUUCAAAGCAUCAUUGAAAGCGAACCCAGGUUAGUUAACGAUGUUGUUUUUGUGACAAACCGAUCAACAGCUGUUGGAAAAUCGGGUAUUCGUGUUGUUUCCGAAGAUCCAAGCACUGGUCCAGUUGAAUCAAACUGUCAUCUAGUCAUUGCUUACGAUGUUGUUCCACGUUCUAACGCUAAAACUGUUAUUGAUAAUCUUAAAUCAUCAAUCCGUGAAGGUGGUUUCAUUUUGCUCGAAGAAAAUGUUGUCGGUUAUGACGAGGCCACUGCAAACAAAUUAUUCAACAGUUUAAAUUUAGCAAUUAUCUCGGUUCAACGUGCUAACAACAAAUACUUUAUUUUAUUGCGGCCAAUCGUCGAUUUUGCCUCUCGAAACAAGACCGUCGUCAAGAUCACCGAAAAGAAUUACUCAUACCUUGGACAAUUGCAAACAGCUUUGGCGAAUGCUGAAAGAGAUAACACUUAUGUGUACAUUGUUGGACACGGUGAAGAACUAUUGGGCGCCGUUGGUUUUAUGAACUGCCUCAAAUAUGAAAACGGUGGAAAAUUUGCUCGUUUGAUAUUCGUACAAGAUGCAAAGGUUGAGCAGUUUUCAUUCACCAGUAAAAUGUAUGCCAAUCAAUUGAGCAAAGAUUUGAUCAUCAAUGUGUAUAAAAAUGGCGGUUGGGGAACAUUCAGACAUUUGAAAUUGGAUGAAGUUUCGAAUAUCCCCGUCAAGCAUGCUUACGUGAAUGCUUUGACCAAGGGAGAUUUAUCAAGCUUAUCAUGGAUUGAAAGCCCAUUGACACAGCAAAUGAUCGAUCCGUUAGAUAAAAAAAAUGAAUUGUGCUCCGUUUACUAUGCACCAAUCAAUUUCCGUGACGUUAUGUUGAGCACAGGAAGAUUGGCGGCCGAUGCCCUGCCAGGUGAUUUACCGACUCAGGAUUGUGUAUUGGGCAUGGAAUUUGCUGGACGUGACUCAAACGGAAAACGUAUAAUGGCCAUGGUUCAAGCAAAAGCACUUGCAACAACUUGUGUUGCUCAACGAAAUAUGAUGUGGGAAAUUCCCGACAACUGGAGCAUGGAAGAAGCGUCAACUGUUCCGUGUGUUUAUUCAACGGUCUAUUAUGCUUUGGUCGUCCGCGGUCAAAUGAAAAAGGGCGAAUCGAUUUUAAUUCAUGCUGGUAGCGGUGGAGUGGGACAAGCAGCAAUCAAUGUUGCUCUACAUCAUGGACUGAUCGUUUAUACAACAGUUGGUAGCAAGAAGAAGCGUGAAUUCUUAAAAAAGACCUUCCCUCAAUUGACUGAUGCUCACAUUGGUAACUCGCGUGACACAUCAUUCGAACAAUUUAUCAUGCGUGCCACCAAAGGGAAGGGAGUUGACUUGGUUUUAAAUUCACUUGCCGACGAUAUGCUGCAAGCCUCAAUACGGUGCUUGGGUCUCGAUGGACGUUUCUUGGAAAUCGGAAAAGUUGAUAUGCACAACAAUUCGCCGCUAGGAAUGUCUGUGUUCUUGAAGAACACAUCAUUUCAUGGUAUUUUAUUGGAUAGAAUUAUGGCUAGUGAUGACAAAGAAAAGGAGUUAGUUGUCACUUUGGUUGCUGAAGGUAUUAAAAAUGGCGCCGUUCGUCCACUGCCAACAACCAUUUUCAAUGAAAAUCAAGUGGAACAAGCGUUCCGUUUUAUGGCCAGCGGUAGACACAUUGGUAAGGUCGUGGUGAAAGUGCGCGAUGAAGAAUCACGCGAAGUUAAAAAGCCGACCUCAAAAUUAAUUGCUGCCAUACCACGUACGUAUUUCUAUAGUGAUAAAACCUAUGUCAUUGUUGGUGGUUUGGGUGGUUUCGGCUUAGAAUUAGUCAAUUGGAUGAUAGCACGUGGUGCAUCAAAAAUCGUAUUGACAUCGCGUAUCGGUGUUAAGACAGGUUAUCAAUCAUUAAUGAUUCGUCGUUGGAUCGAAAAGGGUGUUAACGUUUUAGUUGAUACAAAUGAUGUGACAACAUUGGCGGGUGCACAAAAUUUACUCAAUGUAGCCAAUAAAUUGGGACAAGUCGGUGGUAUUUUCAAUCUUGCCGCUGUUUUACGUGAUAACAUUUUGGAAAAUCAGACUGAAAAAGAUUUCCAAACUGUUUGCGCACCAAAAGUCAAUGGAACCAAAUAUUUGGAUACAGCAUCACGUGACUUGUGCCCUGUAUUGGACUACUUUGUGUGCUUUUCCUCAGUAUCGUGCGGUCGGGGUAAUAUCGGUCAAACUAAUUAUGGUUUGGCCAACUCGGCCAUGGAACGUAUCAUGGAAAAUCGUCAAGCAUUUGGUUUGCCAGGUACAUCGAUUCAAUGGGGUGCCAUCGGUGAUACUGGUUUGGUUGUUGAAAGUUUGGGUGAUAACGAUACUAUUGUUGUUGGUGGUACAUUAUUGCAGCGUAUGGUUUCAUGCUUACAUACCAUGGAUAUUUUCAUGCAACAACCACACCCUGUGCUCGCUUCAAUGGUCGUUGCGGAAAAGCGUAAGGCCGAAAGCAGCGGUGUCAGUUUAGUGAGCUGUGUUGCCAGCAUUUUGGGAUUGAAAGACUUGAAGAAUGUUCCAGGCCAAGCAUCAUUGGCUGAUUUGGGAAUGGAUUCGUUGAUAAGUGCUGAAAUAAAACAAACGUUGGAACGAAGCUACGAUAUUGUGAUGUCAACAGAAGAAAUUCGUCUAUUGUCAUUCGGAAGCCUUAAGGCUUUGGAAUCGAGAGCUUCUAAUGAUGCACCGGUAUCCAUGAGCAGUGCUGAAACUAGUAGCACUCAAACAACAGCCUUCGACGAUGGAAUUCAAAUCGUUUUCACCGACGAGUUGAUGCCAACGGAAGUUUUGGUCAAACUUAAAACUCAAGCAACCGCUGAAAGUAACGCAUCCCCAUUCUUUGCGGUGCAUGCUAUUGAAGGUUCUGUUACUGCAUUGGAACCAUUAGCUGCCAAAUUGACCGUACCAGUCUAUGGUUUGCAGUGUACAAAAGACGCGCCAUUGACUUCAUUGAGCGACUUGGCUGCAUUCUAUGUCAAACAAAUGAAGACCGUACAAAAGACUGGCCCGUAUGUCAUCAUUGGUUAUUCAUUCGGUGCAGCGGUUGCCUUUGAAAUGGUGGUACUAUUGGAGAAGUUCGGUGAGAAAGCAACACUUUUCAUGAUUGACGGUUCUCCAAAAUACACCAAAUGGUACAUGGAAACACAUCGCAAACGCAUAGAAGGCACCACUGAAUUACAAUUCCAAUCAUAUAUGUUGGCUUACUUUGGAUUUAUCGUUGCGAAAUUGGACAUCAUACAAACCACCAAGGCAUUGGACUCACUCGCUUCAUUCGAUAUGAAAUUGAAACGAAUUUCUGAGCUCAUUUGUCCGAAAACAAAAUUUUCAUCGGAAACUAUUCAAUUGGCCGCCGAUGCCUUAAUUAAAAAACUCGUCAUAGCUCAUGUGUAUGAACCAGACCACAAAAUCUCCACCACCAAUGUUAUUUUGUUUAAAUCAACCGAAAAUGAUGUCCAAUUAACCGCUGACUAUGGUCUCUCAGAGAUUGUUACAUCCAAGAUCAAUAUUAUUAGCAUAAAGGGUAACCAUAGAACUAUAUUGACCGGAGAAUCAUUAGAUAAGAUCGCUUCUAUUCUAAAAGCGUACAUCAGGUAAAAAGUACUUUAUCUGUACAUUUGAAUUGAGUUUUUGUGUAAUUUAUUAAUAAUAAA